AUGUCCCAGAGCGGCACAAAAGAGGUCCCUGGAGACCCGAUGACCCUGCAGAAUCAAGUACUCACAACCGGAGCAUCUAUGAUUCAAAACUUCAACCCGGUCAACCAAAUCUGCGCCCAUCUACACGCAUAUCACGUAUACGCUGACGAUCCCACGCGCAUCGCAGAUUUCAGACAGUGCCUCAUCUACGAUUCUCCCGAGAAAAACGCCCGCCUGAUCGGCGUCGAGUACAUGAUCACACCGAAAAUAUACGAAACGCUUCCGCCAGAGGAGCGCAAGUUAUGGCACUCGCAUGAAUUCGAGGUGAAGAGCGGGAUGCUCGUCAUGCCAACUCCAAAAGGAACCCCCGCAGCCGUAUGGGACAAGGCCGAACUGGCGGAAAUGGACAAUGUGAUCCCGCUCUAUGGCAAAACGUAUCACAUGUGGCAGGUCGAUCGGGGGGAUGCGGUGCCCCUGGGUGCGCCACAGCUCAUGGGUAGCUUCACAUCCGAGGAAGCUGUCAAGAAGGCGUGUCCGGGUGGAAUCAAAGAGCUGGCGGAUAAGACAGGGGAAAGAUUUGGCAUUGAUAUUGCGAAGAAGAAGGAGGAGAGGCAGGGGCUGAGGCCGGGAUGGGAGAUCCAUCCCGAUGCAGAUGCUUUUUGGAAAAAGUGA